AUGAUGUGACAUGUACUAUCACUGAGAGUUCUCUAUUUGUAGUACACUCCUGCUGUUGAUAUUUGGAGCAUAGGAUGCUUAUUUGCAGAAAUGCUCACUGGAAAACCAUUAUUUCCUGGAAAGAAUGUAGUGCAUCAAUUAGACCUUAUGACUGAUUUGCUGGGAACACCUCCUCCUGAAACCAUUGCAAAGAUUAGAAAUGAAAAGGCAAGAAGAUACCUCGGUAACAUGCGGAAAAAACCACCAGUUCCAUAUGCUCAAAAGUUUCCACAUGUGGAUCCUUUGGCUUUGCGCCUACUUGAACGCAUUCUUGCAUUUGACCCUAAAGAUAGACCAUCUGCAGAGGAGGCUCUGGCUGAUCCUUAUUUCAGUAGUUUGUCGAAUGUGGACCGUGAACCAUCUACUCACCCAAUAUCAAAGCUUGAGUUUGAAUUUGAGAGGAGAAAGUUGGCAAAAGAAGAUGUUAGAGAGCUCAUUUAUCGGGAGAUAUUAAAAUAUCAUCCUCAGAUGUUUUAGGAGUAUAUUCGUGGUGGAGAUUAGACUAGUGGGUUUAUGUACCCAAGGUUAGGAGACACCUAAAUCUUGCUCCACUUAAUUUAUGUUCUUUUCUAAUAGCUUUUUUCUGCCUCAUUUCCUUGCAUUAAAAGCUGAUUGUUUAGUUUAGUUAGAACAAAAAAUUACUUGUUUUUUAGUUUACUCCAGUGGUCGCGAAAACUAUGAUGCAUCUUUGGAGGGCAUUGACAACUCUUUCCAAAAUGGAAGUAACCUCAAGUUAAUACUAUACAAAAGCAUUUUCUUUCGUUGAAGGGCUGCGACAGCUAAUUCACAAUAUAUAUGGUGUGUUAGUGUGUAAUGUGUUGUGCAUAUGUAUCUGCUUGACUGCUCCUACUUUGUGUACAUAUUGCAAUAAAUGUUUUGUACUACUCUUUGAAAAAUAUUUUCUGAUGGUAUUUCUUUUGUGUCAAUUUAGUGGUGUUAGUACAAUGCAUAGAUAAGCAAGAGUGCACCUUUGCUUAAACUGGUGCUACACAACAUCAAAGCCAAUGGAAAUACCUUGACUUAAUCCUAUCCCUUAUUCUUGCAUCUGUAGUUAUCAUGAUGAUAUUGUUCUCUUAUUUGACAAGCACUAAUGAGGUUCUCCACUGAACUGUUUUCUUCUCAUUAAGAGUGUAGAUAAAGUCAAACGAUGCUAAAGAACUUGUGCUGAAAAUUUAAUUAUGAAGGAUUUAAAUAUAAAUUAUUUUUUACAUAGUUCAUAAUAAGUCUUCCUUAUUGUAUACAUGUGU